UUUCCUAUUCCUCAGGUCGAAACUAUGACAUUCGAAAUAUUGGAGUUGCUGGACAAAACAGCCGUGAGGAAGCCACUUCAGAAACAAUUAAAUUUCUCCCUCCGAUUCCAUCAAAUCUGCUACGCAUGGAUCAGUGUCUCUACCAUAUGGUACAUCUUCUUCAGUGCUUGGUUUAUUCGCGCAGCAGGAUAUAUCUUUUCUGGAAUUACCGUUUCUAUUGCAUUCCUUCUAUCAAUCGCAUUUUUCUGUGAGGCAGACGGAAAGGGAUGGAAGAAGUUUGUGACUUUGUGCAUUAUCUGUGCCGCACCACGUCUCUUCUUCACUCCGAUCUACGCAGUUGCUAACAUUCAGACGUCACAUGCAAACAAUACAAUGGAGUUCAUUGAGGAGUUCCAUAAUUUGGGAAUAAUGGGAUUCAAGGACAACAAAUAUAAUGACAUUUCGAUUAUCUGGUUUGUCUACUACUACAACUUCAUGCUAGUUUUCUUGGCGAUUCAAAGACUUUUUUGUCGCAAAGCUGUUGAGGAGAAGAAGAUGAAAAUCUUCGCUGACACCCUGAGAGAAGAACAACAAAAAAGAACAGAAAAUGAGGAAGCUGUCGGACCAUUGCACAUUUAAGAGUCAUCUUGAAAUAAUUGACAAAUAAUCAAAAAAUUCAUCACAAUCAAACCCUUUUUUAUUGUACUUCUAAAAAAUGUCUACGUAAAAAAGUAUACUGAAUAAAUGUUCAUCCUCCAUUUAA